AACGUCAAUAGAACAUUUGCUACUCUUUUGACUUUUCUAAUUUGUAUUGUGCUCGACAUUUCAUCAAAAUGUCUUCGCAAAUGACGGCAAUUGAACUUCUUGAAUUAGGAGACGAGGGACGAAAGAGGCCUUUGCUAAAUCAACACUGGCCCAGUAUAAUAGGAUCUAUAUUUGGAGUAUGUACUGGGAUAUUCAUUAACUUCCAAACACGACGACCCGUCUUCAGUGGGAUUCACCAACACGUCAUCCUAUCCGCCGGCUUUGUAACAGCUCUAACCUUACUAAACAACAAGCGUGACGCAUAUUUUGCUGAAAAAGACGCCGUUUACAGACACUACAUUGAAUUACAUCCUGAGGAAUUCGAAGAACCAGAGCCCAAGAAGAUUGGAGACCUUUUAGAGCCAUGGAUCCCAAUUCGUUAAAUUUGCUAGACAUACUAAUUUAGUUUAUAUUAAUUAGAAAAUGUUAAUGAAACAACAAACAUUUGUUUUAAUAAAUAAUUUAUGCCUGAGAAACAUUGUUUUACAGUAAUAUUGUACUGUAGGAACAUUAGCAUUGAUGUUGUAAAAUUCAAUAAAUAAAACAAAUCCUACUGUGGUUCAA